AUGCAGAAUGCUCAGGGUGUGUUGGGUAAUGACAUGGCACAAAAUGAACCUCUAAGGUUGGAGUUCAAUGCCACGAUUGACCACAGCAUGACUGUCGAAGAGUUUGAAUCUAGGUGGGCAGAUAUGAUUUUGAAGUACAAUGUUGCAGAUAAUAAGCAUUUGCAAGACCUGUAUUACAUCAGAGCCUCUUUUGUUCUUGCAUAUUUCAAGGACAGGUUCUUCCCAUUUCUGCAAACUACAACACGCAGCGAAGGCUUUAAUGCGGUGCUAAAAAGAUACAUCAGCCUGCACAACAGUUUAUUACAUUUUUUUGAGCAGUACCUUAAGCUCCAGGAGAAAAUUGAUGUUGCAGAAGAUUCAAAUGAGUUCCAAGUGGAAGACAAAAUCCUAAGGUUGUGGGGCGAGUGGCCACUUGAAGAGCACGCCUUUAACGUUUACACAAGACCAAUAUACUUGCGUUUCCGGGCUGAAAUUCGUAAAGUAACAUCCUAUAAUGCCAACCAUUUAGAGGGGCAGUUGUUUGAUGUUGUACCAAUAGUAGGCUCUGUUUUCGGCUAUGGCAGAAGGAGUUACAGAGUGGUUGCUAAUGUGGAGGAUGAGAUAUGGACAAUGCCCCCAGAUGAUAUUUUGCCAGAAAAAGUUGAAUUACCAGGAGUGCCAUUAGACCGGAAGAUGUCAAACAAAGAAAGAAAGCUACUACGAUAUGGAACACUAUGCAAUGAUUGGACGGCAUAUGCUAAGGUUGCUGCUGAAUCAGAAAAAGGUAAAGCCUUGGCUGAUAAGUACAUGCGCGAGCUAGGUAAAGAAUUAUCUGCAGUGAAAAUUAUAGCAGCAGCAAAAAGAAAAGAGAAGAAGAAAUGUACCAAAAACCAAGAAGAUACAUACGGUGAUGCAAGCGUUGGUGAUGAUGGGCAGGGAAGCAGUUCAAAGUACCAGCAUGUUAGGGAUCCUAUAAUUACUACAACUAAAGGUCGUCCCGAGGAAAAGAGGAAGAAGUCAGACCUACAUUUCAAGCCGUCCAAGAAUGUGAAAUGCAAGAGUUGA